CUUCACUUCCGCGGACCAAAAUGAUUAUGAUGUCUUGGACCAGAUGGAAGACCUCCAAUUCUCCAACUGAUUCAAUGCGAUCUGUUCGCCAUUCUGGCUCUAAUUCUUGUCCUGGUUGAUUGACUGGAUUAGUAGACGCAGCGAUGCGACAGGGUAUGAGAUUUCUAGCGGCUGUCUCGCGUGGACAGCCGUCGAAGCUGAAGAAACCGGCCGUCAGCCUAGACCAUUUUAUUCAGAGACAGCGAGUUCUUGGUCUAUGGCGGGAGAUUGUCAGGGCGCUGCACAAAAUUCCACCGUCGUCAACUCGAGAUGAACUGCAUAACUAUGCCCGACAUGAGUUCGAGCGACGUCGCGACAUCACAGACUUGCAACAUAUCCGGUACUUGCUUUCGACAGGAAAGGCCGAAUUUGAUACCAUGAGACGGUAUAUAGACGAGCAAGUUGUAGGCUGAGGAUGAGAUCAAACCAUGUCAAAAACCGGCAUAGAGUCGAGAAGGCUUCUGGAUAUUCAAGGGCCAAAACAGAAGAAAAGAGAGAGAGACAUAUGUACAAUAAAACAUGAUACCCAAAUCACAUCAGACGGUUCCAAUUUCUGCAACA